UAUAAAAAGUAUAAAAGGUAUAAUAGUAUAAAAGGUAUAAAAGAUACAAAAAGUAUAAAAGGUGUAAAAGGUAUAAAAGAUAUAAAAAAUAUAAAAGAUAUAAAAGAUAUAAAAGGUAUAAAAGGUAUAAAAGGUAUAAAAGAUAUAAAAG